CUUCGCCCUUUCCUGCAUCCUUGCCUCUCUUGGAACCGGGGGACAACCUGCGUUGUCGUCUCUUCCAGCGGAGACCCGAAGAGACACGCAGCGACAGGGUCUGCCGGAGGAGGGCUGGCGAGGGCCAGAGCUGUGCCGGGGCCCUGGUAGGGGGAGGAAGUCUGCUGGGAGAGGAAGGGGGCCCUGUCCUAGCAGCAGCGGGGGAGACCCAGGGAGUGAGCAGUCGGCGGACUCGACUGAUGACUGGGGACGAUCCACCUGCCACAUCCUUGCCCCGCAGCCCGGGCUGGGUCUGUCUGGUAGCUUUUUUCUCCCAGACCCCGGUGUGAUCUCGCUGCCCCCGCACACCCUCCUGCAGCCGGGCACCUCUGGAAGCCCCUUUGCUCCUUGGCCCCCUCUUGCUCGUCCUUUCCUCCUCCUCUUCUGCCUCUCCCAUCUUCUUCACCUCCAUCAGAGCGGUGUGGGAUAUUUUUCCCGUUAUGCACGCGCACCUUUUUCACCAGACCCAAGCGGAUUACCUGCCUCAAAAACGUCGGGUGUCGGUGCACACGCCUCCUCCCUGCCAGACCUGCGGGGUAUUCACCUGAUAUACACAACAGGUGGCUGGGCGCGCGCCUUUGGGCGACCAGAUCCAUGCUAUGCUCACCUGAUAACGGUGGUCCUGCACGUUUCUUCCGCAGCUAAAGCCCCGGGAUACUCCCCUGAUAAACGACUACCUCAGCCAGAACCCGGGGGAGAGCGCGGGGGGAGAAGGGUAGCGUCGCUUACCUAACCAGAGACUAUGGCUGUGAGCCUCGAACACAGGGCCCAGGGAGCUCUUUAGACACCUACUCAUCCCGAAGGAACGAAGUUCCACCCAAUUGGCGUUUCCCCCCUGCUAUUUGUGUAUUGGGUAGUGCUCUGGGACAGCUUUUGGAUUAGUGGUACCCAGAUUUUGGUUGAUUCGUGUUUGAGUCAAGGAUUGAGUUUAUUACUAACGUCAAGAUUAAAAGUAAUCUCCGUAGGAGGAAGGAUUUUUUGUUUUGUUUUGCUCUUUUCUUGUUCUUAUAAAAAAAAAAAAUGCAUCCUCCAGAAACCACCACCAAGAUGGCUUCGGUUCGGUUCAUGGUGACACCAACAAAAAUCGAUGACAUUCCAGGUUUGUCAGACACCAGCCCGGACCUCAGCUCCCGUUCCAGUUCCCGUGUUCGGUUUAGCUCCCGGGAAAGUGUGCCUGAAACCAGCCGGAGUGAGCCGAUGAGUGAAAUGUCAGGGGCCACCACCUCGCUGGCGACCAUAGCUGUGGAUCCAGCCAGUGACCGGACUUCCAAUCCCCGAGAUGUUGCAGAAGACCCAAGUCAGAACUCCAUCACAGGGGAACACAGCCAGCUGCUAGAUGAUGGGCAUAAGAAAGCUCGAAAUGCUUAUCUCAACAACUCCAAUUUUGAAGAGGGGGAUGAAUAUUUUGACAGAAACCUGGCACUCUUUGAGGAAGAAAUGGACACUAGGCCAAAAGUGUCUUCAUUGCUUAACCGCAUGGCUAAUUAUACUAAUUUGACACAAGGAGCAAAGGAACAUGAAGAAGCAGAGAAUAUUACAGAAGGAAAAAAGAAACCCACCAAGAGCCCCCAGAUGGGUACUUUCAUGGGUGUGUACCUCCCAUGUCUACAGAAUAUUUUUGGGGUGAUCCUUUUUCUACGCCUCACUUGGGUGGUAGGCACAGCUGGAGUUCUCCAGGCCUUUGCCAUUGUCCUCAUCUGCUGCUGCUGUACAAUGCUCACUGCUAUCUCCAUGAGUGCCAUUGCCACCAAUGGUGUGGUGCCAGCCGGAGGCUCAUACUUCAUGAUUUCCCGAGCAUUAGGCCCAGAAUUUGGUGGAGCUGUGGGCCUGUGCUUCUACCUUGGUACCACCUUUGCAGCAGCCAUGUAUAUCCUUGGUGCCAUUGAGAUAUUCCUGAUCUACAUUUUUCCUCGAGCUGCCAUUUUCCGAAGUGAUGAUGCCCUUAAGGAAUCAGCUGCCAUGCUAAAUAACAUGCGUGUCUAUGGCACAGCCUUCUUGGUCCUUAUGGUGCUGGUAGUGUUUGUUGGCGUACGCUAUGUGAACAAGUUUGCCUCACUCUUCUUGACCUGCGUCAUUGUAUCUAUCCUGGCCAUUUAUGCGGGGGCCAUCAAAUCUUCCUUUGCCCCUCCAAAUUUCCCAGUUUGCAUGUUGGGCAACCGUACUCUUUCUUCAAGACACAUUGACAUUUGUUCAAAGACCAAGGAAAUGAACAACACAACAGUUCCUUCAAAAUUGUGGGGUUUCUUCUGUAAUUCUAGUCACUAUUUCAAUGUCACCUGUGAUGAUUACUUUGAGCAUAACAAUGUCACAUCAAUCCAGGGCAUCCCUGGUUUGGCUAGUGGAAUCAUUGUUGAGAAUCUUUGGAGUAACUAUCUAACAAAGGGAGAGCUAAUUGAAAAGCCGUCAGCUAAAUCUUCUGAUUUCUUAGGCAACUUGAAUCAUGAAUAUGUGCUUGUUGACAUUACCACCUCCUUCACACUCCUGGUUGGAAUCUUCUUUCCCUCUGUCACAGGUAUCAUGGCUGGAUCAAACAGGUCUGGAGAUUUGAAGGAUGCUCAGAAAUCCAUUCCCAUUGGUACCAUCCUUGCCAUCCUGACCACCUCUUUUGUUUAUUUGAGCAGUGUUGUCCUCUUUGGGGCCUGCAUUGAAGGGGUUGUUCUCCGAGAUAAAUUUGGAGAUUCAGUGAAAGGAAAUUUGGUGGUAGGUACUUUAUCUUGGCCAUCUCCAUGGGUCAUUGUUAUUGGUUCCUUCUUCUCAACCUGUGGGGCUGGACUGCAGAGCCUUACUGGUGCCCCAAGGCUGCUGCAGGCUAUUGCCAAGGACAACAUCAUACCAUUUCUUCGGGUGUUUGGACAUAGCAAAGCCAAUGGGGAGCCUACCUGGGCCUUACUCCUUACUGCUGUCAUUGCGGAACUAGGGAUCCUCAUUGCUUCCUUGGAUCUUGUGGCCCCAAUCCUUUCCAUGUUCUUCUUGAUGUGUUACCUCUUCGUAAACCUGGCAUGUGCCUUGCAAACUCUGCUUCGAACGCCCAAUUGGCGACCCCGUUUCCGCUACUAUCACUGGACACUCUCCUUUAUGGGCAUGAGCAUUUGUGUGGCCCUGAUGUUCAUUUCAUCUUGGUAUUAUGCCAUUGUGGCUAUGGUGAUAGCUGGUAUGAUCUACAAGUACAUUGAGUACCAAGGGGCUGAAAAAGAGUGGGGUGAUGGAAUCCGGGGAUUGUCCCUAAGUGCAGCCCGCUUUGCCCUGCUGCGGCUAGAGGAAGGGCCUCCACACACAAAGAACUGGAGGCCUCAAUUGUUGGUGAUGCUGAAACUAGAUGAGGACUUACAUGUUAAGCAUCCUCGCCUCCUAACUUUUGCCUCACAGCUCAAAGCUGGGAAAGGUCUCACCAUUGUGGGCUCUGUUCUUGUGGGAAACUUCCUAGAGAACUAUGGUGAGGCAUUAGCUGCUGAGCAGACUAUCAAGCACUUAAUGGAAGCAGAGAAAGUGAAGGGUUUCUGCCAGCUGGUGGUGGCAGCCAAACUGAGGGAGGGCAUCUCUCAUCUCAUCCAGUCCUGUGGCCUUGGGGGCAUGAAACACAACACUGUGGUGAUGGGGUGGCCCAAUGGCUGGCGCCAGAGUGAAGACGCCCGUGCCUGGAAGACUUUCAUAGGCACAGUUCGGGUGACAACAGCUGCCCACCUUGCCCUACUGGUAGCCAAAAAUGUCUCCUUCUUUCCCAGUAAUGUGGAACCAUUUGCUGAGGGCAACAUUGAUGUGUGGUGGAUUGUGCAUGAUGGCGGGAUGCUCAUGCUCUUACCAUUCCUACUUAAACAGCAUAAGGUAUGGCGUAAGUGUGCCAUCCGUAUCUUCACAGUAGCCCAGUUAGAAGACAAUAGCAUCCAGAUGAAAAAGGAUCUGGCUACCUUCCUGUAUCACCUCCGCAUUGAGGCAGAAGUAGAAGUGGUAGAGAUGCAUGACAGUGAUAUAUCAGCCUAUACCUAUGAGCGCACUCUGAUGAUGGAACAAAGAUCUCAGAUGCUACGGCAUAUGCGGCUCUCCAAAACAGAACGAGACAGAGAGGCACAGUUGGUUAAAGAUCGAAACUCAAUGCUACGCCUUACCAGUAUUGGCUCUGAUGAGGAUGAGGAAACAGAGACCUAUCAGGAAAAAGUACACAUGACUUGGACAAAAGACAAAUACAUGGCAUCACGAGGACAUAAACCCAAGACUUUGGAGGGAUUUCAGGACCUGCUCAACAUGCGACCAGAUCAAUCUAAUGUGAGGCGUAUGCACACUGCAGUAAAGCUGAAUGAGGUGAUUGUCAACAAGUCCCAUGAAGCAAAGUUGGUAUUGCUGAACAUGCCAGGGCCACCCCGAAACCCUGAAGGUGAUGAGAAUUAUAUGGAGUUCCUGGAGGUGCUUACAGAAGGGCUAGAGCGGGUCCUCCUUGUAAGAGGAGGUGGCAGUGAAGUGAUCACCAUCUACUCCUAACUGCACCUGUUCUCUUCUGCUUAACCUAAUCCUCCUCACAGGUUUCAAUUCUCCACAAAAAUCUCAGAUGAUCUGGCACUUUAUUUGCUGCCAUUCCACUGGAUUAGAGGGCUGUUUUUAGUAUAUGUGAUGCUGAACUUUUGCAGAGCUGAGCCUCAAGACCUCCUUUGUCCCUGUGCUUAAUGAAAAGGGAGUUGGAGCUGCCCUUCUUCCCAUCUGACCCCUCAUCCUUCCUCUAAAAGAAGCAAGUCAAAUGAGGUGUAUAAAAUGUUUGAUGACUAAAAAGCAGUACAUAAAUGCAAGUCUCUCCCUCAUCACAAGUGGAGCCUAAAAAUCUUGUCAUUGCCCAGCUUAGUGUACAUUAUAACUAGAAAGGAAAAAGAGAUGAGGCAGAAAGGAGCCAGAAUCAAAGUGUAAAUUUAAAUAGAACAGGAGGCAGUCAUUUUGCUUUGGGCAAGACUGAAGCUGCAAGAUGGAUCUCAGAAACAUUUACUCUAUUGUGAUCCUGAAUUCCAGGAUAUUUAUCACAAGGAUGAUCCUCAGAAAAGUGCAACAUUCCAACAAAAAAAAAUCUACAGCCACAAGUAUAUGGCAACUCAGUCUCUAACAAACCCAUAUGGAGAAUUUUCUCAGUUCAUCUUCAUUCCGCUUGCCUUCCAAGAACCUCAUUCUAUAUUGUGGUACUGCAAAGAGUUAAACAACCACAUACACAAAGCCCUUUCUGCAAGAACUUAAAAAACUUAUUCCCAAUAGAUGCUGCUCUUUAGUCUGAUCCCAGGUUAAAGCAUGUGUGUACAUUGUAUGUACAUUGAAUGUUUCAAGUUUUCCAAAUUUGGCCCAUUCUGUAGUAUUACUAUAAGGCAAUGAUACACUGGAAAUAACUUUUUUUUGAAAGAGUGUAUUAUCUAGGUGAUUGAAUCAUUCAUACAAACCCCAAUUAACUGCUCAGACUGAUACAACUAUAGUCCGUGGAUACUUAUGAGUGACUUGGGUAAAAUAAACAAACUGGAUGUAUGUAAUGAGAAACUUAACUGGGCUUUCCUUACUUUCCUUCCCACCUUUCUGUUUAGUAGGCACAGUACAGAGCCACAAGAACAGACAAGGAGACUGGCUGAUAUGCUAUAAGGAUUGUAAGAUCACUUUAAGUAAGAUAGGCCUAUAUUUUAAAGGCGAAUUCAGCAACGGAAUUCAAAGUUCUGGUGCCAUAUCUUAAUUCACAGUGCCAAAAUAACUGAGUUGCUAAAUUCCCUUUGUUUUUCCUCAAGUGGCUCAGAAUAUGAAUUGGCAUUGGCCUUAAGAAGUUCCAGGUUCCUCAUUUUGUGUGGCCUAGGUUUUAGAGUUGAGAGGUAAAGUAAGGAAGUUGAUAACACAGUACAAAUAAUUUUAAAAGUGGGGUUUUUGCUUGGUUUUGUUUUAUGAUGGGAGGUGAAGGAUAACAUUGACCUUUUCCUCAAUUUCCUUCUUUACUCUAUAAAGAUCUGGCUCUGGACUCAGAGAUCAAUUAAAAACCUUAUGAUUGCCAAUUUCCUUUACAUUUUAAGAAUGCUAUGAAGGACUGAACUGAGGGGGUAAUUUUACAAGUUAAAUAUUUUUUUUUUCUUGCCAAUCACCAAGAUAUUUUGUUUCCAGGCAUAGAAAAUCUUUGCCUUAUAUAUCUGUGACAAUAAUUUCAGACACCAGAAGUUAGCCUAUCUUUCUUUCUGUUACAGAGAUUCAUAUAUAGGUAACAUUCCUCCUUGCCUAGGCCCAUGGCUACUUCAAGGAGUAAGCUGCUACCUGACUAAACUUUACUCAAUGGCGUUUGAAAUAGCCCUUUUAGAUUCAGAAUGUGCAACAGAUGAUUGUACUUUCAUGAUUCAGGUAGCUCCAUGGACAGAGAAGGGGGAAAAUCAUUAGUAGCUACAUGCAAAUUAUGAAUAGCAAAAAAAGAGUCAACUUUAAUUCUUGACUUCCAUGGGUAGAACAAAGUAUCUAAUCAGUCCUAGUUCUAGUUUCCUCUUCCAAAAUAUCAGGAAAGGAGUGGUAGUGAAUGUUUAUAGUUUGUGUUGUACCUUUUAUUCUUGUAUCCCUCUACUAAUUAUCUAUUUAUGGUAUGGACCAGAGUUCAGUAACAGAAGAUUCUCUCCCUUGUUCUGCCCAAGGCAGAACUUUGCAGCCUGAUACUCCAAAAAAUAAUUUCAUCUCCUGCUGGGACUUUUUAGUUUUUCUAAGCAUUUUCCACCCCAAAAGGGUGACUUUUUUAGAGGUCAGGUAGAUUAUGUAAAACAUAAUUUAGAAAGAAAAAUGAAAUGUUUUAAGGGAAUUCUCCCUGAAGUUUAUAGUGAGAAUAUUUUAAAGGGAUGAGGGAACUAGAGAUUAUUUGUAUGCCCCUCUACCUCCAUAUAUCUAAUGUUUGUUGCUUUUUUUUUUUAAAUAACUGUUACAUAAUAUUGUUCCAUCCAGACUCUCACUCCCAUUUCUCUAUCGGUCAUUGUAUAUGUGUAUAUUUUGUCUUGUGUCUACAAAAUGCCUCUCAAUCAUUGCAAAGUAGAGCAAUACUGAAAACUCAACAAGAGAACGCACCUUAGGGAAAUGGGCUAUUUGCUUUACAGAGGUAAGAGAGGGGAAGAACCUUCUGCCUUUGGGACAAGAUCAAAUUUGGAGAUUUAGCCAUAAUAUUCCUAGGGAAUGUAGUGUCAAAUAUCCUCUUGCUAUUAUUGGUCUAUGCCUUCACUAG